ACCGCCUCCCCUUCCUUCAUGACAGCAGUCAACGAUUGGCUGUGGCUGCACCCUCUCCCCGUCUCCCCUCUGUCCCAUUCACAUUUAAAGCCAAGCCACAAAAGGCUCAUUCACCAGCACAAAAACAAGCCUACAAACAAAACUAAAAACAAAACAAAAAAGAAAGAAAAAAAAACAAGAGCAAACAUGGAUGGAGUCAAAUCUGGACGGGACAUCAUGCAUCGAAACUCAAAAGACCUGUGCAAAGAAACAGUUAAAAAGCUGAUCUUUCAGUCCCAGGAGGCAAAAAAACAAUCUUACUGUCCGUACAGUAAGUUCAGAGUGGGAGCUGCUCUCAUGACCUUUGACAACACCGUGUUCACAGGUUGCAACGUGGAGAAUGCAAGUUACAAUCUGGGACUGUGUGCUGAAAGGACAGCCAUCUCCAAGGCCGUGUCGGAGGGAUACAGAAGUUUCAAGGCCAUCGCCAUCGCCAGCGACCUGUGUGAGCAGUUCAUCUCCCCGUGUGGAGGCUGCAGGCAGUUCAUGAGAGAGUUUGGGUCCGACUGGGACGUCUACCUGUCGAAGCCUGACGGCUCGUAUAAGAGGAUGACCGUGGACGAGUUGCUGCCCGCCUCCUUUGGCCCUGAAGACAUGUCCAUGAAGAAAGUGUUCAACAUUCCCAAUGAGUACUGAGCUCAAAACGUUUCGCAGUGGUUAUAUUUGUGCUUGUCUCGCCUGAUAAUUGUAAAUAUUCAAAUGUAUCCAUGUUGUAAUAAUAGAAAUUGUGGAAAAAAGGAUUUGUUUUAUUUUGUGAUCUUUAUACCUAUUUGAUGAUAAUGAAUGCACAAAUAUUGUUGGUAAAAAUAUUUAUUAGUUUAAGGAAGCAGAGAAGAAAUUAUAGUUCACACAUUUUAAUAAAUAAGCAGCUUUGAAAAGGUUGAUUUGACAUUUUAAAACAAAUAGGCUCAGAGGACAAACAGGACAUUUUUUUACAUCAGUGUGCUGCAUUUGCUGAACAGCUUAUUGUUGAAUAGCAGAGAAAUUAAAACAAAUAUAAGAGUCAAACAUUUAAGCUGCCACUGAAAAUUUACUCAAUUAAAUCAUCUGAUUUUUUAGGUCCAUCUACGUCUUACAAGAUCACGUAAAGAGACCGUUAAAUAUGAUGAAAUAUCUUGUUUCUUCCUGAUUCAGAGCUAAGACAAGAAUGUGGUUAAAGUGAGCCUCAGACAAAAUAAGGAGAAGAAAAAAAAUCCAAGUCUGGAUGUCUCUGGCAGAAAUAUUUCAUCAUAACAGAACUAAAAUCAAAAUGUCAGCACUGUUUCCAAACAUAAAGUACACUUUUAGAGGCCUGUGUGUUUUAAAUAAUUGAAAUAGUGCAAAAAAAAAAAAAACCCAGCAGCAUCUUUCCUCCUCUGCAUGACUUCACCUGAUAAAUAAAUGACAGCAGUUACAGGAGAGCACAAUAAAACACGUCACCUUUAUCUGCAAACAAACUGGGAAAAGUGGAAAAAGGGAGGAAAACAGACUUGAACAUAAAAUGUCCUCAAGCUUGUUCCUUCAAAUGUUCCCUCUUUCUUGGGGUUUUUACAAUAUACUCUGAAAUAAUUGAUAUGUUUGCACAUAAGGAAGACCAUGAUGUGCUGCAAGACCCUGCUGAGAUAGUUUGAAAAAGAUAAAAUAUAUUUAGAGUUUCAGUCACAAAGUAUGUGGCUUUAGGCUUCCAGAGAUUAUUGUCUGCUGCUGAAGGUGACAUCAUGUCUGUGUGUUAGCAAAAUAUCUCCUGAAAAAGAGCUUGAAUUUAAAUGAAACUUUCACAAUACAAAUAUUGGCUGCACUUCUAAAAGUGAUUAAGACUUGGAGUCAGCAUAACACAAGGUGGCCACCACAGCUAAGGAAGCUUAGCAAACACAAAGAUGAAGAUAAUGCAGUCAAUUUUACAGUUACUUAGCUAAUUAUUGGUGCGUACAUAGUUGAGAGUUAUUCCCAACACAUAAAAUGAGUGCUAAUCUGCUUUUUAAAUCAUUGGCAUUAACCAUUACAGUCAACUUCAUCUGUUAGCAAAGUAUGUCAUGAACCACUGGACCAAUUCCAAUGAAACUCUUCAAGAUUAAUUACUGAAUGUCCAUCUUUAACUGAUUAACCUUUGGAGUAACCCCCAUUCAAAAUGGCUGCCACAGCUAAUCAAAUUUAGCAAAUUUAGGUCAUUUUUUGCAGAAAUUGAACAAACGUUGGUGUGGUAGCAGCUGAGUCUGAGUGCUAUCACAUGUUGCAAGAUGAAGUAAUACAUUUCAUUUACAAACAACACAAAAAAGCAGCCGAUAAAACGCAUUCCUAUAAUUAUAGCUAAACCGUUAAUCCUUUUUAAAAAAAAAAUUAUAUUUUGACCUUGUUUUUUAUGUUGGCAUUACUUCAUACCGUAUAAGACUGCUAUUUGUCAUUAUUUAGUUGUUUUGUUCGUUUGUUUCUUGAAGUGAGAACAUAAAAUAAUCACACUCAUGGCGAAAAAUACCAAAUUCCCUUUUGGUGAAGCUGAAAUCUCUUUAUCUGUUUAGCUGUGGUGCAAACAGUGGCUUCUACAUUCAGUCAUGGCUUAAGAAGAAACUGAAAACCAAGCUUUGUGAAUGUUCAUGCAUUUUCUGAGCACAUUUAUAUAAAAAAACAACAAACAAACAAACAAAAAAAC